CAAGUGCAUGAUGGUGAAGGUAGCUGCAAAAAUAUUGAAAUAUCCGUUCAUUCGGAUUUGACGAUUUUUCGAAAUCUUCUUGCAAAAGGUUUCCUUCUCGAAUUACACAGUAGACAGGCAUACAACAACAUACAACAGUGAAGUUUUGAAGAACCCUUGGCAGUCAUAUUGAAUUUUGUGAUCGAAACGUGAAAAAUAUCUAGCGAGGAGCAAUAUCGACUAUGGACUUUCGACGUGAUAUCUUCGACGUGGAAACCUCCUCUGGGAAGAUCCUAACGAUUCCAGCAGUAAGAAAAUGUCAGAUGAGAAAAAUUAAAGGCUGCGAUUCCGCACUGUACUCAGCUGUUCGGCCCGUUGUAUACAUAGUUCGUGUGUUCGGUCUAGCGCCGUAUGAGUUCGUGGAGGAUCGGCUAACUCCGUCAACGGUCUACCUGAUAUGGUCUUUGUUCAACUUUAUUUUUUACACAUGGGUUUUAAUUGUAUUUAUAAAUAGAUUUCAAGGAGACGAGAGUCUGAAGCCUCUUUUGGGUUACACAGAAUUCGUUAAGGUUAUAAUUAAUUAUGCCGUGGCUAUGUUGGAUAUGUUAUUCGCUGCAGUCGCGAGACAAGAAUUUACGACUGUCUGGAACAGUAUUCAAAAUUAUGACGAGACUGUUCGCUCGUUAGGGUUUCCUCGUAACGAGAAAAAAACGACCCUAUUCGUCUGGGUGAUGUUGUUAUGGAGCACUGUUGUAUGGACUCUUGUCAGUCAAAUGGGCCAGUAUUCAUUAUGCGAAGAUUGGCUGCAGAACAUUACGUAUAUGCUUAUGUAUGUUGGCACCUCUGCUGCAGUUGUUAAAUUCUCAGGGAUGGUACUAUUGGUUGGACAGCGAUUCGAUCAUUUGAAUAAUGUCGCGCGCUCGAACGAUCCUGGAAAUUUCACGACGUUGGUCAAAAGACGAACUAGUUCGAGAAUAGAUGUAAGAACGAUUCAAAGACUUCAUAAUGAUUUAAUGAACGUCAGCGAAAGUCUAUCUUCUCAAUUCUCAUGGUCGCUUCUUCUGUGGUUGGCAAACCUGUCUUCACACAUUGUGAUCAAUCUUUUCUUUAUAAUGAAUUGGAUAAUUAAUAAUAGGAAAUACAUGCAUUGGUCCAAUAUGUGUCUGCUGAGUGCGUGGACGGUUGCUUAUAUUUCGCAAAUUUUUCUUUUGAGUUUGGCCUGUGAUAUUGCAAUUAGAGGGGCUACUGACACAGGAUCGAUUCUUAUGAACUGGUGGCGCGGACUGGACGCCAGGCAUUACAGCAUCGAGUCUACGUUACACUUGGUAAACCGGAAACUCGUUUUCUCAGCAGCCGGAUGUUUUGGCGUGAAUCUACGUCUGCUUCGGUCGAUUGCAGCCUUCCUGACAACAUAUCUGGUGAUUUUACUACAGUAUCCCGAUUAAGAAUAAUAACUUCAACAGCAUGAAAAAAAAAAGUUAUCCGUUCUCACCUGUCCACUGCUUAUUCCGUAUUAAAUUAAGAAAAACCGAAAAAAAAGAGAUAACAGUAACAACCGCGAUACUUUACUUAGCAUUUUUUUCCAAUAUUAAAAUUCAUCCCCUAGGUAAGACACUUCCCCCCAAGGAGACAUUAAUCACAUAGUAUUAAAAGAUACCCUAUUUUCUUAUCUCGUGGUGUUAUCUCAACCCCAAUUUAAAGCCAGUUAAAAAAACCUCGUUCAAAAUUCAGCCCUUAGUCUGUACGAAAAGAAAGAUUAUACCCUUACGUGGUAAGGUAUUCAAAAAGUUUUUCAAUGACGAUCAAAAGGGAUGCUGCCAUGAAUCCUAGAAAAUUUAAAUUCAAUCAAGUUACUUUCAUCAAUCAGUGAGCAGCAAUUUUCAUUUUCAUCAUGAGCGAUCAAACAAGUGAAGCCAAUCGAUCCUUUUCAAAAGAUCCUCUUCACCAGAUUACAUUCAUUCAGACGCUGGACCAUUUCAGUUUCAACCCCUUUCCUUCCUGUCGUUCUUUAGUUUUCCAAUUUAGCCCCAGCAAUCGAGAUCUAGAGUUCGGAUCGAUUUUAAGCCUCCUAAAAAAAAAUCCGUCAUGUAAUUUUGUACCGAUUGUCUACCCAGUGUCAAAAGAAAAGGCUACUUUAUUUCAAAGCUAGACUUUACAAUGGCUUCCAUAUUGACUUGGCCCAUUAUAUUUUCUUUUCAUCCCUUACGACCGGGGAAAUUACUUUUACCAUCAAACAACCCCCUCUCGAUAAAUCCCUCUGUGACCGUUACUCCCUUACUACCCCUUUAUUAAAUAUUAAAAAAUGGUUCAAUUUCAUCACACCCCUACGUAUAUGUAACGCACCCUUAUAUGUGUAUAAUAAUCCUAGGCAGUUUCUUAUAAAAUCAUAUUACCACACAUGGUGUCACACGUGGAUGCUGGGAGUGGAUACUUGGAGUGGAUAUCCUAUCGGAGAUUUAUCCUUCCUCCCUUAACCUUUGACACGCGGUUGUAAUUCCGUAAUGGGAAAAACGACGAGCUUAGGUUAAUGGAUAUAAUUAUAGGAAACACGUGAAAAAUCUAUUAGAUAACAAUCAGGUAACUAACGGGUGUGACUAGAAUUUUUUUUCAGAUUAACAAAAGAAAGCAUUUCGAUCCUCAUCAAUUACGUGACGGAGAAAGGGGAGGAUACUUGUGGAAAAAAUUAA